UACCCACGUAGAGGACUAGCCGAAUUGAGCAUCGACCUCGGCAUCUGUCAAGCUAUCCCGUGGAGAGACAAGGUCUACAAUACUUUAGUCCCCACGUCUCGAUGUACCUCGUUGAUGGACAUGUUCAACAAUCUGAUUACUUUUCACUCAAUAGCCGCGGGAGAUAUACCUUAUACAAAGCAAAGACGACAAGAUCUACGCGCCCGAGCUGCAUGAAGACGUCUUAAGAGCUGAAGUCAACACACGAGCGCUCACCUUAGCACACCGAGGAUAAUAGUAGUAUAUAUCGUACGAGUGAGACCAACGUCAAUAUCAACCAAACCUGACCGACAUACACACCUCACACACAACAAGAUGUCAUCAACACCUCCAUCAACCCUUCGCACACCUCCUCCCAGCACACUCAACACCCUCACGCUCUUCCCAACACCCUCGACCCUACUCAUCGUUCUCAACAACCCCAAAGGUCUAAACUGCAUAUCUGUCCCCCAACACUGGGCCCUCGACGCCCUCCUACAAUGGUACGACAACGAACCCUCCCUCCGCUGCGCAGUCAUCACAGGUAGUGGCCGCGCAUUCUGCGCCGGCGCCGACCUGAAGGAGUGGAACGAAUCCAACGCCGCCGCGAAAAAAGGCGGCGCCGGCCACCGGACCAUGCCGCCCUCAGGUUUCGGCGCCAUAAGUCGACGCGCAGGCAAGAAACCCGUCAUCGGGGCCAUCAACGGUUUAGCAUUCGGCGAAGGAAUGGAGAUGGUGGCUAACCUCGACCUCGUGGUCGCUGCGAAAUCAGCGCUGUUCUCGCUACCUGAAGUCAAGAGAGGCUUGUACGCAAUGGCUGGCGCCCUGCCACGACUUGUGCGCACUGUCGGCAAACCGAGGGCCAUGGAGAUGGCACUUACAGGCCGGACGGUUACUGCGGCAGAAGCACUGACCUGGGGGAUAUUGAAUGCUGUGACCGAUGAUGCGCCUGCUGAUGCCGACAUCCUGAACAGGCCAGUCGUGAAGAAAGCGCUCGAGUAUGCUGAGCAGAUCUCCAAUAACAGUCCGGACAGCGUCAUCAUCAGUAGGGCUGGAGUCGUAUCGGGUUGGGAAGACGGAAGCGCCGAGCAUGCGACUCAAGCAGUCAUCGACGUAUAUCAAAAAAGGUUGAACGAGGGAGAAAACUUUCACGAGGGUAUCAAAGCAUUUGUCGAGAAAAGAUCCCCGCAAUGGGUGGGCAGCAAACUCUGAAGAGGAAGAUAGAAUAGAGAGAUUAAUUGAAGUUUGGGUUCAGUGUGCUGUCUCUAGACAGGCAACAAGUCCAAAGUCGUAUCGUGGACGAUGAGUACGCUUUGGGUUUCUUUUGGUUGUUCUUUGGCAGGCUGCUCCGAUUAAACAGCUCGAACUUUGCCCAAUCUGCCACGCUUCCCAAAUUCUGAUUCUGGCAUG